AUGGGUGCUGGUUCUAGUAAGAAAAUCGAUCUAAUAACUCAAAUUCCGUUAUCCGGACAAGAAAAUAAUGAAAAAUUAGUGCCGUGGCUGUUGUACAAUGCAAACGUCAGUGACGAAAGUGAUGGAUUCGUGACGGAAAGUGUCUCCAUAUUUGAUUACGUUGAUGACCCCAACAGCAGGAAUGCCUGCCUGAUACUAAAGACCCUACGUCACCCAAACAUCAUCCAACUCCACAAGUACCACAGUACGCCAACUAUAACAGCAACAACAGUACUUAACAACGCGUACAAUGACCAUCAGAAUACAUGUUACUUAGUAACAGAGCCUCUUACACCACUUGUCAAUUGCAUCAGUAAUUUGAAUAUCCAUGAAAUACUAGCAGGAAUUUUUGACGUCAUGAGUGCUCUCAAGUUUCUACAUUAUAAUGCAAAGAUAAUCCACAACAAUGUAGCCACACUAUCAGUUUUCAUUGGGUCUGAUCAUGCUUGGAAGUUGGGCUGUUUUGAAAGGGCAACUAGUAGUAAUAGUGUGGCUACGACUGCCACUGCAGCUGCCGCUACUACUAAUACUGCCAAGCAACAAACGGCAAAGUGUGAAGUAUUUGCACCUGACAGAGAUGGCUUUGUUGCAUUCAUAGAGGAGAUUGCUGAUCUUGAUUACUUUAAUUUAAAUGAAAACAACGUGAACAUUUUAAAGGAGGUUGUUGAAGAGAUUAAAAACCGGGCAACAAGUGGAGAUGAUGACGUCAAUGAUGAUGUCAUUGAUGAUAGUUAUCCUUGCAAUGAACAUUGCAGUCAUUUUCUCAACAGCACAAACAUCCUCAACAAAUCUGACUUUGUACAAAUUUUAUCAUUUCUUAAAUUCAUUGUUUUAAAGUCAAAAGAGGAGAAAAAAGAAUUUUUUAACUCCCAUUGCUGUUAUAUUGUAAAGAAAAUUAAUUUUGUUGCUACUAGAUCAUUGGUUCCCAAACUCCAAGCAUUACCGGAGGAAUUAGUAACUAAAAGAUUGCUGCCACUACUAACACAGAGAUUCGUAUUUCUCGACGAGACGGCAUGUUCUGAAUUCUUACCAAAAUUUUUAACCCCCAGACCAGCCACCAUUCUGACAUCUGGUGAGUGGGUACUAAGUGAAGAAUCAUUUCGCACAUCCCUGGUGCCUUUGCUCUUGAAGAUAUUUACGAUUAGGGAGACUUAUGUUAGGCUGGUUCUUCUGGAAAAUUUUAAAAGUUAUUGUCGUUGUAUCGGGGAGGAAGACCUGAAGACGUUUGUCUUGGACGAGCUUCUAUUGAGCUCAAGAGAAAGUGACGACAAAUUAGUCGAACAUUCCCUAAUUGCUCUUUCCUGUUUGGUCCCUAUUUUAGGCGGAAAUGUUGUUAUGGGAAGCCGUAGGACGAAAUAUUUUUUUGAUGGAAAUGUCAAGCAACAACCACUGAAACCUUGCAUGGACCCUGGUGUUGACAACUUGCAAGAGGUACUAAACAAAACGAAAAACAGCAAAAAACAUAAUCAUCGACAACAACAUCUACAACUUCACCAACAAAGACACUACAAUAAAUUGAACGUAAACUCCAAAGAAUGUUCUGCAGAUAUUUCUGCAGUGCCAAAUGAGAACACAGUCAACCAAACAUUAACUGACUUAACAGCAAACACCAACACAAAUACUACAACUACAAACAAUGACUUAAUCAUCAACAACAACGACAUUGACUCCAUUACAAUAACAGCCAACAACAACACAGACGUUGACAAACAACAACACAAAUAUCUUCAACGACCAAUUGCAAUUAUUGAACCAAAAACUAACUACCACAAACCAACUCUCAAAGAGUUGAUAUCCAUUAAAAAUGAUUGUGAAGAUGAUGAUGAUAAAAAUGACAGAAAAGAAGAUACAGAUACAGACGAUGACGCUUACCAAAACAUCACCGAUAACAUGAACACUAAUUCACCAUCUACUAACAUUAAAACUGAAAUAUUUAUAAUUCCAUACAGCCUGACUGGCCACACAGAUAAAAACAGAAGCAUUAACCCCUCAGAUCGUACAAAACCUUCUCAAAAUUUCCAACUCCCCAGAAACAACGGAGGAGCUAUGAAACUGACAACAACAUCACAACCACCUCACAACCCAUCAAACAAAAGCUCUACAACAACAAUUGAAACACUAGUACAACAAUCACCAUCGAAGAACAUACAAUCACCAGCAACACCGACUCAGAAAAAUAUUGAAAUUAAAUUCGACGAAGAAAAAAACCAGAUGAUGGGUAACAUUGCAGAUAAGACAAAUUCGGCAUGGGAGGAUAUGUGGGAAUCUGUAGAUGAACCUGAAGACAUGAAAAAGAACCAAUUAAUACUACCUAAAAUUACAAAAAGUGAAACUAUAACUUCAGCUUCCAGCAGGAAACAACAACAAACAUCAGCAUCAUCAGCAAUUACUCCUACAUCGAGAGCACCUACUUCUACAUCAAUAAAACAAACUGACAAAAAUACCAACUUCUUAAAAGUUAAGCAUGCGAUGGAUCAACCACUUGGCUACGGCUAUGAUAUAAAAAUGGUUGAAAUUAAGAAAAAAACUCCAGAAAAUGAUGCCAAAAACGAUGAUUUCGACUUAUUUUCUGAACUAAUUCCUAAUAUUGAUUUCAGAAAAAGUGAAAUUUUAAUUGAAAACAGCUUGAAUAGAAAAUCUAGCACCACUGGCCUCCCCACAAAUUCCACUCGCGACAUUACUCCUACUAGUGCUAACAGCAAUCUUAAUUACGAUGCUAUCAAUUAUAGUCCUGAUAGUAUUUAUAGUAAUAAUAAUAAUAAUAACAAUAACAAUAAUAAUUGUAACAAAUACAACAAUAAUAAUAACAACGAUAUAGUUACUGCUGCGUCACCUACAACGAAUUAUAAACUUUUCCAAAGAACUGAUAAUGAUUGGGGUGAUUGGAAUAAUGAUGAUGACGAUAUUAUGUUAUGAUAAUGAGGUUGACUGGUGGGAGGUUUUAGGUUGAUUUCAGUUUGGUUUUUGUUUGUAUAAAAUUUGUUCAAUUUUCAAUCUGCAUUCCAUAUAAGCUUAUAUGUACGUGCAAUAUUUGAUGAAAUUUACCGAAUUUUUUUAGCCUCUAAUUCACGAGCCAUAUUCAAAUGUUGCAUCAAUUAUGGUCUCCAUCCGGCCUUAAUAUAAAUAUAUUAAUAUAUAUAUAAGCAUAUAUAUAUAUAUAUAUAUAUAUAUAUAUAUAUAUAUAUAUAUAUAUAUGU